CUCCUUGUAGGACAAUCGGCGACUACUGCACCGACAACAACAUCCGUAAGUGCCCAAUCGCCAUUAUCGGAGACUAAUCCACCUUCUUUGUCACCGAAUGGUGGAACACAACCAGGUGCUUUGAGUCCUGGUGGACUCUCGCAAACAUCUCAAAAUGCUGGAACGACUAGCAAUACGUUGAGUAAUGGCGCUGGGGCAAACGGUGGAAGCAAUACAGCUUCAACUUGCUGUGAAAAUGGACGACCAAUAAUGACUGAUCCUGUAUCAGGACAAACUGUUUGUUCAUGUCAAUAUGAUUCAGCUCGUUUAGCUCUUUCGGGUUACUCGCGUCUCCCCAGUGCAGGUGUUUAUGGUACGCCAUAUCCCUCAACAGACCAAAACCCUUAUCCUAGCAUUGGCGUAGAUAGUUCAGCAUUUUAUUCACCUCUUAGCAAUCCCUAUGGACUUAAAGACAGUGGACCAACUAGUGAUAUGUCAUGGACAACUGCGGGACUUCAACCAACAACCGGCUACUAUUCGCCUUACGAUCCAACUUUGGCAGCCUACGGUUAUGGAGCUGGUUAUGAUCUCGCCGCAAGACGAAAGAAUGCAACACGUGAAUCAACAGCUACGCUUAAAGCGUGGCUCAAUGAACAUAAAAAGAAUCCAUAUCCGACAAAAGGAGAGAAGAUAAUGCUGGCAAUCAUCACCAAAAUGACAUUAACUCAAGUGUCAACAUGGUUUGCAAAUGCUCGCAGGCGACUUAAGAAAGAAAAUAAAAUGACUUGGGAGCCAAAAAACAAGACCGAUGAUGAUGAUGACGCAAUGGUUUCCGACGAUGAAAAGGACAAAGACGAACUUGACGAUAAAGCUCGCGAUCAUAAAGAAAUCGAUACGAUUUCAAAAAACCAAACGGGCAGCGACUGUGGCGUGCCGAUUCCAGCAUCAAAGCCCAAGAUCUGGAGUCUAGCAGACACAGCCGCGUGCAAGACUCCACCACCACACUUACAUCCGAAUGCCGGAGCUUGGGGCUAUCAAACAACAACACACCAGCAUCCGACAUCGCAAUACAGCAAUCACACCGAAUCACCAACGCUCAAUCAGCAUCGAAUAGAACAACAAUAUCAACCUCAAACACAUCUCCAGCAACAGCAACAAAUGCACCAACAGCAGCAUCAACAACAGCAACAACAUAUGGGGAUGAACAUGCAAGCAAAUGGGGCAGACACGGCAGUGGUUGGUAUGAAUAUGAAUAUGAUAACUUCAGGACAUCACAAUCAAUCAAUGAGUGGAAUGAUGAAUACGUUCGGAGGCAGUUCGCCAUAUUCCCGUUACGGGGGGUUUCUAACAACCGGUACGCACCCUAUCCAACAACAAACGCAACAGCCGACGCUCGCUCAUCAGUAUAUCAACCACAAUCAUUCGGGGGGCUCCACAACGCCGGUUACACCGAACAGUACCGGCCAGCCUACUACACCCACUCUUCAACAACAGAGCACCACCAAUCAGACGAGCAACAAUCAAACGAUGGGGUUUCCCGAAGUACAAACAGACACCCCACCACAAACUCCACCGAAUAUGAAGUUCAACACAUCCAACACUACUACGACAGAUACCAUGAGUAAUGUCAUCAACAACAAUAAUAAUAAUAACAACACCUACAUUGGAAAUUUUCGAGUGCAGCAACAGAAUGAUAAUUCGACAUCGCCACAACAACAGAUAAUGAAUCAAAUGACGGAUGUAAUCAGCAGCUGGGCAACAAUUAUGUUUCGCCUGUUUGAGAAUUUCUCGCGCAUCUAUCCCGAAAUUACGUUUAAAUUGCACUUUGAUGAGAGCAAUGAAAAUGUUCAUAGUGAAAAUAAAAGCUAA